AUGGUGUCGUGGCCUGUGAUUUGUAGUCUUCUUUGCACACAAUUUGCGGAGGAAAAGGAAUGCAUAUUGAAAUGGCAAAAAUGUGCACUCAACGCUGCUGCUGCUGCUGCUGCCGCUGCCGCCGCCGCCGUCGUCGCCGUCACUGUUGCUGGUACUACCGCCUCAACCAUCCACGUGGCUUUGCGUUUGAUUGGAUGGUUUGACUACUGGAGGGAGGCAAGUUUGUCUCCCUCAACUCCUUCACCAUCAUGCCGACCCUCCGUGACGUAG